CACCGCAGGUCCCAGUCAGGAACAUGACUCCUCUGCUGGUCUUAGCGCUGUGCGUGGCUGCAGCUCAUGGCUGUGGUGUUGCCACCUACUCACCGGCUGUCUCCCGAGUGGUCAAUGGGGAAGAGGCCGUUCCGCACAGUUGGCCCUGGCAGUUGUCCCUGCAGUACAUUUAUGAUGGAUACUGGUAUCACACGUGUGGGGGGAGCCUCAUUGCACCCAACUGGGUUCUAACUGCCGCUCACUGUAUCAGCUCAGCCUAUACUUACAGAGUGCAGCUGGGGAAACAUAAUCUCCGACAGAGCGAAUCCGGCCAGAAAACCAUCAACGUCAUUAAACUGAUUAACCAUUCAAAAUGGAACCCAAACAAACUCUCCAAUGGGUUUGAUAUCUCGCUCAUCAAAUUGGAAGAAGAGGUGGAUUACAGUGACACCAUCCAGCCUGCCUGUUUGCCCCCCGCUGGGUACAUCCUUCCCAACCAAUUUGGCUGUCAUGUAACAGGCUGGGGCAAUAUCCAGACCAAUGGCCCAUCGCCAGAUAAACUGCAACAGGGGCUCUUACUGGUGGUGGAUUUCCCAACCUGUUCCCAGCGUGACUGGUGGUUCAAUAGUGUAAAGCCCAAUAUGAUCUGCGCUGGGGGGGACGGCAUCAUCUCAAGCUGCUACGUAAGUAACAAGGCACCCACUCCCAAACAUAAAAACCCUAUUUCUGUAGGGAAAUGAGGGCAGGGCAGGCAGU